GGCAAACAACAAUCAUCAUUCCGCACUUCCACGCCGGACGACCUUCAAUUCUUCCCUUCACGACUCUGCAUUCUGAUACCCUCAUUUUAUUUAAUUAUGGCCUCCGAUUCUUCGACAUCAACGACGCCAUUGAUCCUAACCCCAGAAUCCACAGGGACAUCACCCGAACCAAUUUCAACGGAUACAGCCAUGAAGAAAUCGAGGCGACAAACUGCCAUUUAUCCUAAUAUGAAUUCAUCGAAUAAACCGCAGAAACCGUUCAGUCGGAGUGCUGCGAAGCGGCAGAGUGUAAUGGCGCUGGGGAGCAUCGAACACCUGCAAUAUUAUUUCACGAAGACAGGGAUUGCCGCCAAGAAGAAUAAUUUAGGAAAACCUGUGAAGGGUCUGGUACCUGCAAUCGGUGGCAAAGCCCAUAUACGAAAUAACUCUAGUCUCGGUAGCCUCCCUGAACUUAGAUUACCACCCACACCAGUAAUACCAGACUCCAACGGCCCUGCAUUCCCGCCUUUCGUCAAGACUUAUGAGACAGACCCGGAAUCCUUAUUACCGGGCGUCAUUGAAGACCUCACGGCCGUCGCUCGUGCAUGGCGGAUCGAUAACCCGCUAAACUCCGAACUUCUAGGAGGAGAAUCGUUCGAUGUGCUCGGCGUACUGAAAACUACGACAACCGCCAUUCGUGCGGUGCGAAACUAUGUCGUCUCUCUACCGGACGAAUCUGCAGGUACCAUACGGGCCCAGUUCCGUUCCAAGGUUCUUGGUCCUAGAGCUACACGAUUACCCUCCCAGUCACAAUCAGGCUCGACUCCAGAUCCUUUGACACUCAUCCGACGCUCGGCAUUAGAGGUGUUGACCGUACUUCGGGAGCUAGAGGAGGAGAGCCGGUUACCGCUCAGCGAUGAAGUAUACGAUGCUCAAAGUGAGGGUGCCACUUCGCGGAAUGGCGGUGGACCACCAUCAAGAGUGGCUAGUCCGAGUAUGGGGUCUGAUAAGCCGCCUUCAGAGGAAGACAAUUUGCAUGUACACGAGGUGGACCCGGAUACAACGGUCUCCUUUACCCUGAUGCAAGUUCAAGGCAGAUAUGAAAGCGUGCCUGUAUGGGAGGAUGAAGACGAACAAUCAGAGAGUGAGGAAGAUGACCAGAGGGACCGUUGGGAUGAGAGGCUUGUGGUUGGUAGUGGCUGGCUGUACCGGCAGGACGUGAAAUGGGAAGAAUUGGAGAAAGAACGGAAGGUUGUUGGGUCUUACCUGGAUGUCGUGGACGAAGUGCUGUUCGAAGGCAGGAAAGACGAUUCUCGCGGAUGGGAGCGAAAGGCGCGUAAAGCUGCUGUGCGGGGGAAUAAGCGGAGAGUGAGCGCUGGAGAUGCCGAAGGGAAAGGUUUUGGUUUAUAUCCUAUCUCUGCGGGAAAGCGGCGAGUGUCGACUGGUAUACUCGAUGUCCGUAUCACCGAGGAGCCUGAGGACUUGGAAGAAGAUAUCGCUGAGGAGACUGAAAACAGCAUGGACGAAGAGGAUCUUCCCGAGUGGGCCAAGCGACAUGCAUUCGAGGAUGAUGAAUUAGGUCGUGCUCAUGCAUUGCUUGCCGCUCUUCUUCCUCCUUCGUUACAAGGUGCUCUGGCCCCAGUAUCACCUCGAUCGGCGUUCCUCGACAGUCUAUCGUCUGGCCAACUUCUCUGCUCUGCGUAUAAUGUCGGCGUCCGAAAGUCAAAGAAACCAUGGGGAUACGUGAACAAGGACGGCAUACAUGAUAUACUUUCUCUAGAAAGGGCCGAGAAGGAGUCGGGCGAUCCAGAGAGCCCCAAGAAAGGGUGGACCUUCCGACGGACUGAUAAUCUACGUCUGUGGGUUGGUGCCCUAAAGUUGCGGUAUAUGCUUCCCAUCGUCGUUCCUACGCAGGUACUACUGCCGAACCAUAGUGGGCCGGGAAAUUCGCCUUUGAGCUCGCCCCAGGCCUCUCAGACUCGCUUUUCUGGUGGCACGUCGGAGCCUCCAAUCACGUUUGAUGCCAAAGUCGUAGCAGGGAAAAGUGAGGGGUGGGAAGAUAUGUUGGAGGCAGUCCUGAUGCGGUGGAUGCAGAAAGUUGUUGAUGAACGAAGGAAUGAAAGUCAAUGAAUAUGUAGGCUAUGAUUGUACAAUUUUCUAUACCGGCGGAUUACGACUACCCUUGGGUUUUGCACACAUACAUUGCUAUCGAUAUUGUACAGUAGAUUAUGGAUCACGGAUGGCUCAGCUUGCUAAUGAUGGAAUGGCAUAUUUUCACGAGAAAGUGGAACCGCAAGAAAAACCUUCACAGCUCUCCGUAGUAUAGGUAUGCGCAGCAGCAUCGACUUAAGUAUCUCGAUUUCAGCUCAUUAAAUACAUUUUAUCCACUUUUCCUUUAACCAGG